ACACUCAAGAAAUAUUAUUGGCAAUCAGCCGUUCAGUGUUAUACCUUGUUAAGUUUACCUGCCUGGAGACCAGGUUGUAAAGUGAAAUGGCUGUCUUUGGAUUUGAUCUGGGGUAGAGAACCUUAUCCGAAGUACGGCUUCCAAGGCCAGUGAUACAGCACAUAUUGUUCUUGAGAACAUCCCACAGGCCCACUGCCACCCACAAGCUAUUUGUGGCCUUUGUGUUGCUAUAAAUGGAAAGUGCUGCUACUCCAGAGGUAUCGCUUGGGGUGGUGUGCUCCACGUCGCUCUUCCCUCAGACCUCAGAGGCUCCAGCAGAGCUGGUAAUGCCAGCUUACACCAGAGAGACCCCCAUCUUUCCAGGGAUCCUUCCACUGCAGUGAGGACAUGGCGAAGGACACUCGUGCAGCUCUCCCGGGGAGCGAUGACCAAGGCUUGCAGAAGGUUCCAACAGAAGUCUCCCCAGCCAGACUUCUGUGCUUUACGUUUGUGCCUGUCGUCAAACAGCUGCCCUUAAAGACUCAAGUUAACCCAAGAGGAGACCGCGGAGAUCCUUCAAGCAGACCUAGCAAGGCGGUGGAUCCUGACGUUCCCCGAUAUCCUGACAUUAACCCCAAUCAGGCAGCUGGACAGAAGAUGACUGAGGAUGGUUUUUUCAAAGCCGAGGUUGUGUACAUUGGGGACUCCGAUGAGGGUGAGGCUGGAGGUCUGUGGGCCAGGCAGAAUGUGGAUGACCUCUCCAUCCAAGAGGAGACUCAGGCCCAGUUCAAAAUACCCGCUGAUCACAUAACCCAGAGUUCGCCCACAACUCCUCCCAUUUCCCUUCGCACAAAGACCUGCUUUAUUAACAUGAGCCCCGUUCCCAGGCCGCCUGCCUUGGACAUCUUCUCUGGCAGCCAGAGCUCCGCUGCACUCUCUUGCCGGCGAGUCUCUCCUUGCGGAGAAGUCUCCUCACCUUCCCUUUCAAACAGGGUUUGUGGGGAGGGCGAGAGAGCGACCCCCGUGUUGUCCCCAGAGGUGCCCAGCUCGGAGGAAGGAUCUCCAUCGCUGGCUUCUUCUAAAGAGUCGGUGCUCUCCAAGGACUGGGGGAGACCGGAAAGCUGUUCGUCCACCCUGCAGCAGUUUACCUCCGAGCGCUCGCUGGUGUCACCGUGCCCCUCUGUUGGGUCUGGAGUCUUUUCCCCGACCUUGUUGAAGGUCUCACGACACAGCUUGGCUUCAGGAUCCAGCUUGGCACAGGCGAUCCCCAGCUGCUUCACGUCCAGCGACAGCCUGGCGCCUUCACCUCGGCCGCUCUCCCCCUCGACGGGGCGGCCUCGGCGCCGACCGCCACCCACCCGGCUCUCCCUACUGACAGCCAUCCUGAGGAAGGGUCGCCUCCCGCUUCUGUCGCCGUCCCUGCAGAGGCCCUACUCCCCCUGCUGGCCCAUCAGCCCCGCCAGCCUGUCAUCCUGCAAAGCUUGCUCUGCGGCCUCCAGCCUGAGCUCCAUUGCCAGCACUCUGCAGGGCUCCUCCAGGCCCCAGUCACCGAGCUCAGCAGAAAGGCCUACUAAACCUCCCCUUACUGCACUGGAGGCUUUCAGACCAAGCUGUCCACCAUCUCAUCACACAGAGUCCACCUGUCCUCCCCAUAUUCAGUCGACGGCCCCUUUCGCCAAACUUCACCAGAACAAACCUGUGACAGCAAUCAACCACAGGGUUACCUCUGCGAGAUCUCCACCUUCGUCCCUGGAUCGCACCGAUCCUGUAAAAACAACCUUCUCUGGGCUGCAUAAUCUUCCGCCUCCUGUCCCUGGCCCAGUGCGUCUUCCCUCCUUCCCGAGACUCUCCUCCCCUUCCCCUAAAUCCACAUCCUCCGGGGACCGCCCUCGAUCUUUCCCACUACUCACAGUGACACCGGCGAAGGAAGACAAAGAAGCUGGACCUUCGAUUCCAGUACAAAAUGUUAGCAAAGAAUCCCCACCGAAGGAGCCGUCCCAGUCGUUCAGGCCAACCCCACCUCCAAGAUCGAGCUCUCUCUCCCCUCCCCUUUGCUUGUCCACCUUCACCCCACGCUGGUCCUCCCCAAGGCCAAGCUCCCCCUCCUCCGUGUCAGACUGCCUGACCCCUCCAGCCUUCUCCUCUUCCUCCCCGGCCCUCUGGACCCGUGCACCAUCCCCCUCGCUGUCUCUGUCCUCCACAGCUUCUUUGAGCUCUGAGCACAGACCAUCAGGGCGCACCGUGGACAGGGAGGGUAAAAAAAGAAAGCCAUACAAGAUAAAGUCAAGCUACAAAGCGCUGGCGGCCAUUCCCACAAAUACACUUCUUUUGGAACAGCAGGCAAUAGACGAAAGUGUUGAAAAUGAGGAGCUAUCACAGGACAAUACAGACAAGAAAGACAUUCUGGAGACCCAUAGUGAGAUGUGCUCACCGUCCCAAUUCAGGCAGCAGUCGGAAGAGUUGUACGCGGCAAUCGAUGAAGUCUUAGAAAACCCAAUGCCAAUGCGCCGAUCGCAAUCUGCACCAAUAGCCCUAAUGAAAUGUGUUGACCCUGAAGUGUCAAAGCAGUUCAGAUAUUUUCCAAAAUCGGCAGGACGGGAAACAAAAUAUGCAACUUUACACCUGCAACAAACUGGAGGGUAUGAGAGAAAUCUGACCAAGCCGGGGGUCAUUCGGCCUGCGACCGUUAUUCCAAAAUUACAAAUAGAGGAGGAUGCCGAAGAGUUUCAUCCAAACCCUUUCAGACAAUAUUUGGAAGAAAUUUUGGAAAAAAAGGUAAAACAUGAGCACCAGGUCCCCAGUCUGCCCAUCCAUGAAAAGGAAGCUCUGCACUCCCAGGAGGUUUCCAGCAGACAGUCGGAACAGCCAGUUAAAGUCUCGAGCAGCAGAGGGAGUCCGGCAAGCCGUUUACCCAGCCAGGAGACCCUGAACCAAGGAGGGGCCACAGCAGGACCUAAAAUCACAAUAACCAAAACUGAUGAGGGUGAUGCCCACUCUACAAAAGAUGAACCCUUGAAACACCCACACACCUUAUUUCAUUCUACACAGUUGGAAGCAGAACUCCAAGAGACACACAUUUAGGUUGGUGGGAAGGGACGCUGGUGCUAUAACUAAAUGAAACAAUGACAGAGCAGCCAUUGCGCCCUAACAGGUACAUCAGUGACUUUAAGAUAGCGUCUGAGAAAUAUAUAUUAAAUACACAAGAAAUGCUAUGCAGUCACAAUAGUAGACACCUGUACGCAUACCUUUACACUUUAUUACAACUAAUGGUGGCCAGCAGAACGUCUUCCAUGGCUGAUGGAUUUCCUUUUUGCUCACAACUUCUUUAUAUACUGUACAUGUAUGUGUUUUUAUGUGUUUAUUUUGAGUCAGAACACAAUUCAAAGUACUUACAGUGUGACAUACAGUGCUAAGAAAUAUUUUAAAAUAAACUUUGCUACACUUAAGUGGUUUUUUUUCUUCCCAAAAGUAGUGCUGACUUGGAACUGUUGGGGAGGGGAUUGUAUUCUCUUCCAGGGGCAAAGUAGUGCUAUAUUGUACGGGCAA